CCCAUCCCUCACCCUGGACCCUGGCUCUCCACGGAAGAGGCAGACAGCGGCGAUGGCCUGGAGCAAAGCGUUCCUGCUCAUGCUGUGGGCGGGGGCCUGGAACCCGGGCAGCCAUGGGGCUGAUGACCAGAGCGAGGACGACGAGUUUCUGGAUCCCCCUACCCUGUUCCUGGGACCGGACUCCGGCCCCCCAGCCCAGGACUGCCCCAGAGACUGCGCCUGCUCCCAGGAAGGGGUAGUGGACUGCGGGGGCAUCGACCUCAGGGAGUUCCCCGGAGACCUGCCGGCACACACCAAUCACCUGUCCUUGCAGAAUAACCAGCUGGAGAAAAUCUACCCAGAGCAGCUGUCCCGACUGCACAGGUUGGAGACCCUCAACCUGCAGAACAACCGGCUGACAUCCAAAGGGCUCCCGGAUGCCGCCUUUGAGCAGCUGGUGAACCUGAAUUACCUGUACCUGGCCAAUAAUAAGCUGACCCUAGCUCCCAGGUCGCUCCCGAAUACAUUGAUCAGUGCCGAUUUUGCAGCCAAUUAUCUCACCAAAAUCUAUGGACUCACUUUCGGCCAGAAGCCAGAAUUGAGGUCGGUGUAUCUGCAUAACAACAAGCUGGCCGACGCGGGGCUCCCCGACAACAUGUUCAAUGGCUCCGGAAACGUGGAGAUCCUCAUCAUGUCCAGCAACUUCCUCAAGUACCUGCCCACCAACCUGCCCCCGGCGCUCUACAAGCUGCACCUCAAGAACAACAGACUGGAGAAGAUCCCAAAAGGAGCCUUCAGUGAGCUGACCAGCCUGCGGGAACUGUAUCUGCAGAACAACUACCUGACCAAUGAGGGCAUGGACAAUGAGACAUUCUGGAAGCUGUCCAGUCUCGAGUACCUGGACCUGUCCAGCAACAACCUGUCGCAGGUGCCCGCCGGGCUGCCGCGGGGCAUCGUGCUGCUGCAUCUGGAGAAGAACGCGAUCCGCAGCGUGGGACCGGACCGCCUGACGCAGAUCCGCAGCCUGGAGUACCUGCUGCUGCACAACAACAAGCUGCGGGCCGGCGGCAUCCACCCGCUGGCCUUCCGCGGCCUGAAGAAGCUGCACACCGUCCACCUGUACAACAACCUGCUGGAGCGGGUGCCCAGCGGCCUGCCCCGCCGCGCCCGCACCCUCAUGAUCCUGCACAACCAAAUCACAGGCAUCGGCCGCGACGACUUCUCCUCCACCUACUUCCUGGAGGAGCUGAACCUCAGCUACAACAAGAUCAGCAGCCCCCGGGUUCACCGCGAUGCCUUCCGUAAGCUGCGGCGCCUCCGCUCCCUGGACCUGUCCGGGAACCGGCUGACCGGCCUGGCCGCCGGGCUGCCCCGCCACGUGCAGGUGCUCAAACUCAAGGACAAUGAGAUUCGGGCUGUGCCCGCGGCCGCCCUGGCCGGCAUGGCCAACCUGCGGGAGCUCUACCUCAACAACAACCGGCUCAAGAGCAAGGCGGUCUCCCGGAGGGCCUGGGCGCACCUCACCAGCCUGCAGCUGCUCGACAUGGCGGGGAACCAGCUGACUGAGGUUCCUGCCGGCCUCCCUGCCUCCCUGGAAUAUCUGUACCUCCAGAACAACCGGAUCACUGCAGUGCCAGAGGGCUCCUUUGAUUCCACGCCCAACAUCAAAGGGAUCUUUCUCAGGUUUAACAAGCUGGCAGUGGGCGCAGUGAAGGAAAGCACAUUCCAGAAGCUGAAGCACUUGCAGGUUUUGGACAUCGAGGGAAACUUUGAGUUUAGUGAUAUAUCCAAGGACCGGGAUCACUCCGAGGAAGAAGAGGAGGAGGAGGAGGAGGAAGAAAUGAGCUAGGCUUCCCUGGACUGCUUACAUGGAGCUGGAAACAGAUGGAAACGUUGACUUCUCUCUCUCUCUCUCUCACCACGUAUGUAUAUACAGUGUGCGUGCAUGGGUGUGAGCGUGUUUGGACGUGUGCGAACAUGGCCGCCAGCCCGACAGCAUUCGAUGUGGCAGGGCCAGCGCAGCAGGGCUGGGCUCCACGCAGACGCUUGCACCUCUCCGGGGGAAGACCGGGGCCCGUGUCCUCUGCCCCUCGCCCCCACCGGCCCGGGCGGAGCCCUGGCUGGGAUCCUGGCUCUUCUCCCCCGCACCACGCUGUGGCCUAGAAGAGCUCACCUCCUCCCCCGACCCGUUGGCUGCAGAGCUUCCCGGACUGCAGAGCAGAGCCCGCUGCACCCAUCGCGAGCGGAGACCCUCCGGCCGCCUGGACGGACGCCCCGCCCCGGGGCAGCACGCCCGCUGGGAGACGGGAUCCCCAGGGGAGUUGGCUGGGGGCCGCCCUGGGACAGAAUGCGACAUGGACGUUGGGAUGAAGAAGAGAAACCAGUGAGGUUCCCAUCGGCAACUCCUUCUGUGUUGAGGUGCAGCGUGGGAAUGUCUGAAAUUCCCGGGGUUUCCCGGGCUGGCAUUCGGCUGGGCGUGCGGGGCUGUAGAGAAAAGAACCCUCCCCUGUUGUCCUGGCGAAUAUAAAAGCGUUUACCUCAGUCUGCCUAGAUGCCCUA